AUGGCCCACCUCCUCUUAAAGCCUGGUGCUACACCUCGUUUUUGUAAGGCAAGAUCAGUACCUUUUGCCUUGCGGAAGAAAGUGGAAGCAGAGCUGGACCACCUAUUGGCUGAAAUGAUCAUAACGAAAGUGGAUAGAAGUGAAUGGGCAUCGCCAAUUGUGCCUGUCAAGAAAAAGAAUGGAGACAUUAGGAUUUGUGGUGAUUUCAGGGUAGCCCUGAACAACCAACUUCUUGUGGAUCAAUACCCAUUGCCUCGACUUGAAGAUUUAUUUGGCUCACUGGCUGGGGGGCAAAAGUUUACAAAAAUAGACUUAAAGCAAGCUUACCUGCAACUGCAAGUACACCCAGAUUCACGCCAUCUGUUGACCAUUAACACGCAUAAAGGAUUAUUCCAGUAUAACCGCAUGUUUUUUGGCAUAGCCCCAGCUCCAGCCAUCUGGCAGCGGAUCAUGGAUGAGGUCCUGGCAGGAAUGCCUUUCACCCAAUGUCUACUGGAUGACAUGCUCAUCACUGGUCCCACUGAUGAAGAACACAGAAAGAAUGUUGAAGCUGUGCUAGAGAGACUCCAAAAGUAUGGUUUACGUGUCAAUCUUUCAAAAUGCAAAUUUCUCAAGUCUCAACUGGAGUUUUGUGCCCACACGGCGGACCGACAUGGGCUACACACUACUGAAGAAAAGGUUAAAGCCCUUACCCAUGCCCCUACCCCCACCCCCCGGAAUGUCACCCAGCUCAGGUCCUACCUUGGCCUCCUAAAUUACUACCGCCGUUUCUUGCCGAACCUAGCACACCAGCUCUACCCAUUACAUCGCUUACUGGAUGCAAGAGCUAAAUGGAUAUGGACAGAGAAAUGUGAAGAAGCUUUUCGGCUUUCUAAAGAACUCAUUCUGUCUUCUCGAGUUCUGGUCCACUAUGAUUUAAAGAAACCCGUCAUCCUGGCUUGUGACGCCUCGCCUUGUGGACUGGGUGCUGUACUUUCCCAUGUCAUGCCGGAUGGCACGGAGCGCCCCAUUUCUUUUGCCUCCAGGUCUUUAACCUCAGCAGAACAAAACUACUCCCAGAUUGACAAGGAAGCUUUGGCCAUUGUAUGGGCCACAAAAAAAAUUCACGCGUACAUCUAUGGUCGGGAGUUCACACUUAUCACUGACCACAAACCUCUGUUGUCAAUACUGAACCCUCAGAAAGGAAUUUCUACAACAAUCGCAUCUCGCUUACAAAGGUACGCUUUAUUUUUAGGAGCUUAUGCUUAUUCUAUCAGAUACCGCUCCCAUGAUACCCAUGACAAUGCAGAUGCAUUUUCCAGAUUGCCACUUGGAGACCACCCACUAAGAGAGAUACGUGUAGUGGAAGUACACAGGCCACAAUCUUGCAUGUCCACCUCCCUGAUUGCCAGACAUACGGCCACAGAUCCUUUCCUGUCUCAGAAAUUCUCUUAUGUUCAGACUGGAUGGCCAGAGAGAGUUUCAGGUGAAUUUCGUCCGUACUUUGCCAGAAAAUGUGAGCUUGUGACUAAUGCUGGUUGCCUACAAUGGGGCAAUAGAGUGAUUGUACCCCAGUACUUGCAAUCAACCAUGCUAAGGAUACUGCAUGAAGGCCAUCCUGGUGUGGUGCGCAUGAAGCAGCGAGCCCGGAGCUAUGUUUGGUAUCCACAAAUGGAUACGGCAAUUGAAGAUUAUGUUGCUCAAUGUCCUGGGUGCUGUCAAGCCCAGCGACCCCAAAAGAGAGGAACCCUGCAACCUUGGCCAUGGCCAACAGAACCGUGGUCUAGACUCCAUCUUGAUUUUGCUGGCCCCAAUCACGGGUAAAAUGUAUUUGAUCGUGGUAGAUGCGCAUUCAA